AGAUACUAAAUUGUAACAUACAAAAAUUGUAUUUAAUGUUUAAAAUCCAACAAUAGUAGCAGCAAACCAAUUAGAACAAUGUAAUUGAAUUAAUUUGAUUGACCUAACAAUUAGAAUCUUAAAUUUGUUACAAAUCAACAAUCAAUUGUUGACAAAGCCAAGUUAGUUCAUUCAUUGUGUUGUGUUGUGUUGAAUAAGGAAGCUAAAUUUGUACGAUUUAAUUUUCAUUCAUCAUUUUCAAUUUCACUUCGUUUUCAAAUUAUCGGUUUAUCGCUUAAACCCAUUAGUAAUUUGUGAAUUAGUAUUUAAUUUUAUUGAAAUUUAUAUAAACUUUAAAAAUGUCAGGCACUGGUGAAGAACAGCCUCCAGUCGAAGGUGAACCCGCUGAGGUUCCACAAGCUGAAGGUGAAGCUACUCAAGGGUCGCAAACUAAUGUUGCCCAAGCAGCUGAGGGUGCUGAAGGUGGUGAACCCCAGGCUGAAGGAGUUGUUGAAGGUGAAGCUACUCAAGGGUCGCAAACUAAUGUUGCCGCUGCUGAGGAAGGGGCUCAACCGACGGCUGAAGGUACUACUCCAAGUGUUCCUUCUGCCACUAAAGCUUCCCGUGAAAGUUCAACUGGUGCUAAGAAACGAUCCCGAUCAACCUCGCGUAAACGAGGAGACCUUGACUUGACUGAGGCUAAAAUUGGUUUUAUUGGUGCUGGUAAAAUAACUGAGGCUAUUGUUGAAGGUUUACUUGAGUUUGGACAAAUCCAACCAAGUCAAAUACACGUUGCCACUCCUUCUGGUAAAAAUAUGGAUUACUUUAAAGGCAAAGGAAUAAAGACAUGUAAACGCACUUUGGAAAUUUUCGCUCGCUUCGAUUGUGAUAUUAUUUUCCUUUGUUUCCACGGCAGAGUGAUUAAGGAAUGUUACGCUGGAUCCCCAGAUCGACCAAGAGCAUUCUGUGUUAAUUAUAUACCCUACAUGAAACAUCCUCUGUAUAUACUUUCCAUGGUUUCUCACUGUACUGCUGAUGAGAUUAUGAAAGCCAUGUUAAAUCCUGACCAUCCCGAUAAAUAUAAACUUGAAUUCCACCGAAUCAUGAUUAAUGCUGGUUGUGCUUAUGGUUUAGGUGUUUGUGCCAUUGACUGCGAUCCUGACAGUAAACAUUUAUCUGCUCCAUUACGAACCCUACUGUCACGAAUUGCCAAACUCGAAUAUGUCCCUAAAGAUCAAAUUGAUGCUGCUUGUGCCACUGGAGGUUAUGGUUUGGCUUUUGCCUACUAUUUUAUCAGUGCUAUGGCUGACGGAGCUUUCAAAGUUGGUCUAGCACGAGACAUGGCUAUCAGAUUCGCUGCUAAAACAUCUCAAUGUGGAGCUCAAACUCUCCUUGAAUCUGGUGUCCAUCCUGACCAAUUGCGUGAUUCUGUUAUUGCUCCCGGUGGUGCUGCUAUUGAGGGAAUUCAUUCGCUGGAAAAAACUGACUUUUCUUUCGCUGUUACAUCUGCCAUUGAAGCCGCUUACCAAAAGGAGAAAACUUUGUCUGAACUUGCUUAAACUAGAGGAUUUGACUUUAUUUAAUCAAUAUUAUUAAUUAUCUAUUAUUUUAUUAUUCUUAUAUCUAUGAAUCUUUAACGUAGGGUUAAUUGAUUUAUUGCUAUUAUUAUUUUAUUGUUUGACAUUUUGAUUAUGCAUUUAUAGAGCUAUUUUAUAAUUUUAACCUCUGUUCCCUUUUUAACCAACCUAUUUAUCCGACAGAUUUUUUUUAUUAAUGAAAUAAAGAUUUGUGAAAGCAAAAAUUUGGCUCAAAUUUUUAAUUGAUAUAAUCUAAGUAACGAAAGUGUAUUCGUGUGAUUAGCCUUGUUCUAAGAUUGCC